GGUCAUGCGGCAACAGUUCAAACAAAAAAAAUGAUUAUGAAAUUGUUUGAAAGGGAGAUCACAGAAAGAAAAAAACUUUCCAGUGACAAAUGAUCAGUAAAAUAAAAGAUAAAUAUAACUACAAAGAAUUGCCUAUGAGAGAAGAGACAGAAAGGUUUCACCUUUUCAAGGACAUGUAACAUCUCCCAAUGGUCUUGUGAUGAUUUAUAGAUAUGAACUUCAUUAUUAUUUGGGCAAAAUGCAACCACUACAAGCAAAAUAAAAUAAACAAAUGGUCACAGAAUGUUAAACCAUAUACAAGACAUUGGGGUUCAUUCAAGACCCAUUACUCUUUUCCCUCAUCUUCUCAAAGACCAAUCGGUAAAAGAAACAAAGAGAGGAAGAGGUAGAAAACAUUUACUGGAGUGAUCAGGACUCCACGAUUGACUCUGCGAACCGGUGAACAUCCACCACUGCCAUUAUCCUUCUUCCCUCGCGGAGAAAAACUGAACAGUGUUUUUCUCUCAAACCGAUGAUGAGAUUGCUGGGAACUCGGAACUCCGAUGAGAUCCGGAGCUCGAAAUAGAGUUGUUGUUUGUCUUUUGCUGUAAGACCGACCAAUUUAACAUGAGACCAAAUCAGUUUCAUUUUCUUUUUACAAACUUAUGUUUUUAACCAUGUACAAUACAUGUUACAAAAAAAAAAAAAAAAAAAAAACCAUGUACAAUACCAUAAAGUAUAAACUCUAAAACUAAUCUUUUUCUUUACCACAAUAAAAUACUAAUUUCCAAAGAGUCCAGUUAAACUAUAAAUCAUUCAUUUUUGAUCAAAAACAUGGGUCUACAAUUUACAUAGACAUUGAACAACGAGUUUUUUUUUUUAGUUUAUGUAGCUUCUGAUUUUUUUUUUUUUGAAACACAAACAUUCGUUACUCUUAAAAGUUAGGUAACAUAUUAAAUCAGAUGAGCUUUCAACGUAAAAUAAAUUAAUUAUACGUAAAUUAACUAUUUUUAUAUAUUACUUUAAAAAAUUCCAACUCGAGGUAAGAUUUUGUCCAUAGUAAAAAGAGUGAUAAUCAUAAGAUCUCUCACGAAUAAUAUCAGACCCAUUCAUUUUCUAUAUUUAAUCAAUUUUUGUAAACAUAGAUUAUUUGUUUUAAAAGGGGGAAACCGCACAUGGAUAAUCAUCAGUUUAUAUGGAUCCUAUGAUAAAUUUAGAAAGGUCGGAACAACAAGAUUUUCAGUAACAUAUAUUGAUCCUAAAUACACUAUUCAAUUGGCAGAAACGAAAGCAAUACUAUGGCAUGAGGCACAUACAUCACUCACGCAACAGACCACCUAAGUUAAAGAUGUAGAGUUGUCACAAACACCGGGACGAUGGUAUUUUACAGAUAGAUCGUGGAAAGCUCAAGAUAAUUCCUCGGGACAAGGAUGGUACAAUACUCUGGAAGGGUUCGAUGGGCUGAUGGGGGAAAAUAACACGAGAGAGUCAGCUUAUCACUCAUUCAUGCCGAAACAGAGGCCCUCAUCUGGGCAAUGGAAAGUAAGAGGAAUUUACGAUAGUUCCAUGUGACGUUUGCGACAGAUUGCUCUCAAUUGGUGAAGAUGGUUUCCGAACGAACAUAAUGACCUACUUUUGCAAAAGAUAUUCAACUCAUGAAGGAGAGCUUCAAUCAAUCAAAGUUCAUACAUGUACCCCGAACGCAGAACAAUUGCAGACAGUCUUGCACACAGUGCUCGGAAACAAUCAUCAUUCGUCGUUCAUAUGGAUCGUUUAUAUAGACGCAAAGUUACCAAUGUGGUUUUCAUAAUCUUAAUUGAGUAUGUAUCUUGAUUACAAAAAAGGUCUAAAACAAUUUAAUUGUAAACUUAGAUCUAUAUUUGUUGACUACAAAUGUAGUUCAAAACAAUUUUGAAGAAUUAUGAUAACAACAUACCUGAUUAUUCAAAAAAUGAUUUCAAGAAGAUACCACAACUAAUGUUGAUGUUGUUGUAGAGUCACUAUGAGGAAUGAUUGGAACCAGGUUUCCAGAUAGUUUGUUGUAGUUGAUUGUGGAUUUGUAUCUCGCUUUAAGUCACAUAAAAUUGAAUAAUCUGCUCUUGUGAACUAGUAUAUACUAUAAGACUACAAGUUCAUCAUCGAGAAAACUUUUAUGUUAUUGUGGAAACUCAUGUAUGGAUGUAUAAUAUAUAAUCUAUGAUUUCUCUUUGAGGUAAACCAUUGUAGUGAUUGGAAGAAAUAUUGUUGAAUCUCAUGAAUGAAAAAAAUAGAUGCAUAGAUUUAUAUAGUGAAUGAUCUAAACUAAUUUCCUAAACUACUACAGAAUAAUAUAUCAUAGAUAAUAAUGAUAAUUUGGUUUCCUAUUUUAAUAUAUUGAUGUAUAUCUAAUCUUGACUGUUGAAUUUUAAUUUUAAUAAAUUAUUUGAUAUUCAAUUUGGUCUAAUAUUUGAUUUUAUGAGUUAAUUAAAUAUCGUUAAGUAAUGAGUAUUUGUGUCCGGAACUAGGUGAGGAGUGGGCGGGGCACCUGCCCCUCUCCCCCCUCCCCCAAUUUUUUUGGGUGUAAUUUUGUUUAGAAUUUUAAUAAUGCUCUGGAUAAAAUUUUGAAUUUAUAAAUAUAUUUUUAGUGUUUUGUCGUUUUGCUUCGGGUAGAAAUUCAUCCUAGAUCGGCCACCACUGAUGCUGACCCCUAAAUAUAUUACGGUUACAGUAAUGUACUAUUUCCAUGAAAUGUUUAGCUAUUCUUUCAUCGUUGAUUAUAUAAAAUAGAGAAAAUUUUACUAGCAAAACUGCGCGAAUAUCUAUGUCACAUCUUAGCAAUAAUGUAAUCAAAUGAUGGAAUUUUAUACAUUUUCAUUUGAGUGAAUGCGCUGUGUUUAAGACGUUGACGGAAAUAUCUAAAGACUAGUAUGGGUUGCCAUUUAUGGAGUUCAAAAUCAAGUUGAUUUACGAUGUAUCCAACAACCAACCAUAACUUUCCUUACUGUGAUAAAUUUCUUCAGCUUCUCUUCUGAUAAAAUAUUCCCUUGUUGUUAAUGAACUACGGAUGCUCAUUGCUCAUUCUCUCACCCUCGUCUGCUAUAAAUAGAGGGCAUUCAGUGUAACAUUUUAUUCAUCACUUGUUUUCAUAAAAAAGAGUGUUAUAACAUAAGCAUUUGAAUACAAUGGCUUCCAAGACUUUGUUUCUGUUGGGUCUCUUUGCAUUUCUUCUCGUCGUCUCAGUGGUCGCAGCAUCUGAAAGCCAGCCGGGCACUGUUAAGUCGGAGAGUGGGCAAACCGUGCAACCUGAUCAGUAUAAUGGGGGACACGGCGGCCAUGGAGGCUACAACGGAGGAGGACACGGGGGAUACAACGGAGGAGGACAUGGGGGAUACAACGGAGGCCGUGGGGGAUACAACGGAGGCCGUGGGGGAGGAGGUUAUUGCCGCCACGGUUGCUGCUACAGAAAUUACCGUGGGUGCGUACGGUGCUGUUCUUAUGCCGGAGAAGCUGUGCAGACACAGCCCGGUCACUAAAACUAUGUAAUGUAUUCACCAGUAUGCAUGGUUUGCGUCUAUAUAUACACUUAUAUGUGUGUGUGUGUGAGUAGUAAACCGUGAUACGUUUGAAACAAAGUAAGAAGAAAAUCUAUGGAAUAAAAGUUUAUGAUGUUAUGUUUCUGUGUUUUGAGUUGUAAUCUUCGCUGUUUGGAUUUAAAAUCGUUUCUAGUUUAUGUUUUCUUCUU